UGAUGUGACACGAGAAAUUGGACUUUUAAAAGUUUAAAAAGAGCAAAAAUGUUAUUUAGAAACUUUGGAGGAACUUUCUCAGCUCUUGGUGGACUACCUGUGCAGCACUUUUGCAUAUUUUCUCCAAAAGCUGCUACCACAUCACAUCAUACUCGCCGUAGAUCUAUAAAAGUCACCAUGGAUGUUCACUUUUUCAGACAUACUUUACAACCGAAGCCUGGGAAGGAAUGGAAGCGCUUUCGAAUUUCCAAGCAUAGAGAAUCUUAUUGAUGUCAUCAGAAGUACGAUGCCCGAUGCCUGCUGUUUCUGAAGCUGACUACGGAAUCUGAAUCUUGUGUUUUCUGUGGUUCGUUGAUACUUACGGAGAAAUUACCAACUUUUAAUCGAACUAUUGGCAGUAGAACUGCUUGGGCGGAGAAUAUGAGAAUUGGUUGACUUCAGAACUCGAUCAACAUAUUUUCAUGUUGUUCCAUUGAAGUAUUCCCUCUAUUAAUGAGUGGCAAGUGUGCUCGCCGUCGAUAAAUAGGGCGUUUCCCCGCGUGCUUAUCCUUUGACGCAAGCUACGUGACAAAAACUUGAAGCUAUGAUGCUUUUAAAAAAACCUCCUGUUGCUAAUAAACAAAAGCAUCAAAUAAAAGAGCAAAUUUUACUCCGUUUGAACUGCGCAUACUCAUCAACAGACCGAAACCUUUGUUGCAUUGCGCGAAAUUUCACGGCGAGGAUACUUUUAUAUUGAGUGCCGAACGAGCAACAUUAUUCUGGAUAUACGAGGGGGAAAACUUUAAUGCUAAAAUCCAGAGUCACGGAUGCAUGGAAUAGGCUCAAAUUGGAAAUAGAUUCCCAAGACGAUGGCACGACACAACAAUCAGUCUGGGUCUUGCAAAAGAUGUAUGCAUUCGAAUUACUGUUCAAUUAUUAAAGUAUUCACGAUAAUUUUCAUCUCGGCUAGUUUCGAUGUCGGUACCGUAUGUGGGCUACAAUCGAUCGUUUUAGCAGAUUUGAAACAGGUAGAAAGGGCUCCAGCUCGUAUCUCUAAUAAAGUUAAGCGAGCUCAAGAAGUUGUUAUGUUUGGCAAUCAACAGAAUAAAUUAUCCGAACAUAAUUAUGUUCGAGCGGAUAAAAGAGACAUUCCAAAUAUUCCAGUACCUGAUGUACAAAACAAUUUAGACAAGGAUGACUCAGAUGAUUCAAUUCCUUAUGAAGCAAUCGAUCGCAUACCAGCUUAUCAGCAGUUACCACUUCGUUCUAAUUAUUAUUACGAACGUCCAGAAGUCUACGAUAUGGAAAUGUACGAAGAUCGUCAGAAAAGAAAUAUCCACAAAAGAUCUCCUUUAAAACGAAGUGAUCGAGUAUUUCGUUCAGUUUCCGAAGACAAUGGACGAAUAAAACGAGAAUCUCAACUAGAUCCGGAAGAAUUACUCUCUCUGUUAGCAAUGUGGGAAGCCGAGCAACGUCGUAAACAUCCUUCAGAUUCGAGACCUCAAGUUCACUAUGGCCAAACUGAAUACGAACCCUAUACAAACGAAGGUCUGAACGAAAUCGAAAAUGACGACGUAGAUAGCGAAGGCACUUGGUUAGACGAGCCAUUAUUUCCUCACCGUUACAACCUGAAACCGCGAUUUUAUCCGCCCUACAAUAAUUUAAUCCCGAGUAGACCAGCGAGGAGAUACAGUUCGGAUAAUGAUUACACGCGAGCAUUAUCGCAAUUGGCGCAGAACGGUCGUCCAUCUGAUCAACGCAGUCCAUUCCAAAGACGACAUAUUCUAUAAGAAACGGUUCGUUUAAUCGAUAUUUAAAAAUAAAUUCAUUCCGUUCGUAUUAAAGUGUUUUUUUUUCUUUACGUUGUAGGUGUUACCAUAACGAUCAACAUGAUUGGUCUAACUUAAAAUAUUUUUAUUAUUAAUUCUCAAAUUUAUACUAUUAACACUUGAAUAUUAAUUGCACUUAAGGACUUGCGCUGUUUUACAUUGAAUAACGUAAUUUUAAUCUUAUUAUCUACUAUUUUCUUACCAAAAUUAUAACUUACCACAAUAAAAAAUUUUUCUUUAUUUUUA